UAGAUCCUAGCUGAGCUGCCAUGUCUUCAGUGGAUGAGGAGAGCCUGCCAGAUCUCCCCCCGGAUUCUCCAGGGAGUUCUGUGUCCAGCAGAUUGAUGGAGGAGUAUGAGGAACUUCUGAAGCAUGCGGUGGUCGUCCCUAACUACGACCCCAAACAUAUCCCACAAACCAUCACCGAGGUCAGGGAAACAUUUCACCAAGUAACGAGAGAGACACUGGUUCAAGUUCAUAGAGAGGAAGAAUCUGAAGAUGACCCAGACACUACACCAGUGGUUGUCAAGAUUACCAGAGAAUCACAGCUUCCGGAUUUUGGUCAAAGUCCAAUCAACUCCCAGCUUUCUGAACAGUCAGAUCCAGAAACACCUAGGAAUGAAAUGUCAGCAGAAGAAGAACAGCAAAAAGUCCCACCCCCGCUAUUCCAUUCCAAGAACACAAGCCAAUCAGAACAUCGAGAGGGUCAAAGGUCAUUCCACAGUGAGGGUCAAAGGUCAUUCCAUAGUGAAGGGCAUAGGUCAUUUCAAAGUGAAGGUCAUAGGUCAUUUCCAAGGGAGCAGACCACAGUUGAGACAGAAUAUGUGUCAAGUAUUGACCCAGACGUGACUAAUAUGGAAAACGUGCUGGAUCAUUGGACAUCAGACCUGAAAAAGAAUGUCUUGGCUGAGUUUAGUAAAGCCAAAAUCAAAAUUGUGGAGAGGUGUAAACAGACUCUACUCAGGGAGCAGGAGUGUUCUGCAUCGGAACGAAGGAACCUCCAGAAUGAGAUGGAGAGAAUGAAGGAGCUCCUCCACACGUACGAGACGUCGAUACAGAGAAAGGACCAGGUCAUAUCGAACCUGACUCAGGCCCUCAGUAAACAGAAGGAAAAACAGGACACCAUGAAGACGUUCUCAGAGUGGAAAAUACAGCAUGUGGAUCUCAAAAGGGAGAAAUUUGCAGAGAAGUUGGCCCAGCGGUACCAUGAGCGAAGGCUACAACAGAAGGUUUGGGAGGCGUGGCACUCUGUGAUCGAGAACAAAUGGCGGACCCGGGUAGAGAAGGCAUGUCAGGCCAAGGCUCAGGAGAUUUGUAUGCAGCUGACCAACGACUAUGAGGCUAAAGUAGCAGAUCUGACAGAGUCCUUAAAUGCUGCCCGCGAGGAGAUAUGUAAGCUUCACAAGGAACGAGAGCAGUACGAGGAAACCAUGAAGAAAGCAUUCAUGCGUGGAGUGUGUGCACUUAACCUCGAAGCCAUGACUGUAUUUAACAAAGAUGACCAAAAAGAAAACAGACCGUCUGGAGAUUUUUCGGAUAAUUUAGAGAGCAGCCUCCCAGAGAAGGAUUUCAGUGCCCCGAAGACUAUCCCCCAGGAACCUAUAUUUACUUCACAUCCAGGAUACGAGGCCUCUGCACCCAAGGUCAUAACAAGUCAGGGGUCAAGGUCAACUACUCUAUCUAGUAUGGCACAGUCCAAAGCAAAUAUGGCAGCUACAAAAUCAUCUUCUUCCCAAAAAGGAAAAAUAGUUCCAGCUAAAGUUACAAGUAAAAUUGACAGUCAUCGACCAAGUUCUGGGUCAAGGGGCGGAGUUAAGACACCUAGGCCAGCCUCCUCUGGAGGGUCACGACCUACUGACCUUGGGGUCAAUGGUGUAGCUCCGCCUAUGAGUUCUGUCAUAGUGGAAAGACAUCAACCUGUUACCAAGGAAACCAUAGGAAAAGCUACAGCAGUAAAAUACCCCUCCAAGAAAACGUCCACAUUAGCUGACCAUUCACAAGGGGGCGUGUCCCAUAGGAAGAUAGCAGGUCAGGCUUCAACUGGCCCCGCCCACAUACAGACUGUUAAAGUAGUGGACUGAUAGAGAUUAGUUAAUUAGUGAUAUGUACAGUAUAAUUUUUUAAUUGUGAAAAUAAUUGUACUGAAAUGCUAAAAUGAAUUUUAAUUUAUUUUUUCCUGUAGACAGUUGAUUUAGAUCUGACAGAAUGAGAGAAUGUAAUGAAUUUCUUUAGGAGUAUUCAAAACAUAUUUGGAAUUUUCAAAUGCAGUUUAAUAAUUAGGCUUAAAAAUGAAAAAAAAAAUUUGUUUA